GGCAUUGGGGUUUCAGGGAGGUUAAACAGACGGCCACCGUCCGCCUUGACCAAGUUAAGCUUCGUCUUGGCCCUCUCGGCUCGAUCUCAAGUUUUGCUCUGCUCUCAUCUGCCCUUUUGCUAGGUUUAGGGUUUUUCUGGGUUUCUCUGUUGUUCUGCUCUCUUCUUCCCCUUUGCUAGGUUUAGGGUUUUUCUUUUCCAUCCGUUCUUAGGGUUUAUCUGCAGCCAUGACUGUCAAACUCUCCAAGUCCGAGAAGAAGAUCGAGUAUGACAAGAAGCUGUGCCGUCUCCUGGACGAGUACAGUCAGGUGCUGAUCGCCGCGGCGGACAACGUGGGGUCGAACCAGCUCCAGAACAUCCGGAAGGGGCUCCGGGGUGAUUCGGUGGUCCUCAUGGGGAAGAACACGCUGAUCCGGCGCUGCAUCAAGAUCCAUGCUGAGAAAACCGGAAACAAGGACUACCUCAACCUCCUCCCUUUGCUUGUGGGAAAUGUGGGUUUGAUUUUCACGAAGGGAGAUCUGAAGGAGGUUCGAGAGGAAGUGGCAAAAUACAAGGUUGGAGCUCCUGCCCGUGUAGGACUGGUUGCUCCCAUUGAUGUCGUGGUUCCUCCUGGCAACACUGGAUUAGAUCCAUCACAGACCUCCUUCUUUCAGGUGCUCAACAUCCCAACCAAGAUCAACAAGGGUACUGUUGAAAUUAUUACCCCUGUUGAGCUGAUCAGGAAAGGGGACAAGGUUGGCUCUUCUGAGGCUGCUCUUCUUGCUAAGCUUGGUAUAAGACCAUUCUCCUAUGGUCUAGUCAUCCAAGCUGUGUAUGACAAUGGGUCAGUUUUCAGCCCAGAGGUUCUGGACCUCACUGAGGAUGACUUGGUUGAGAAGUUUGCAGCUGGAGUCUCUAUGGUCACUUCACUGUCCUUGGCCCUUUCCUACCCUACUUUAGUGGCUGCACCACAUAUGUUCAUCAAUGCAUACAAGAAUGUCCUGGCAGUUGCUAUUGCGACUGAGUAUACUUUUGAACAAGCUGAGAAGGUGAAGGAGUAUUUGAAGGACCCCAGCAAGUUUGCUGUUGCUGCUCCUGUUGAAGCUGCUGCUGCUGCUGCUGCUGCACCUGCUGCAGCAGCCAAGGAAGAAGAGAAGAAAGAGGAGCCAGCUGAGGAAUCCGAUGAGGAUAUGGGUUUCAGCCUGUUUGAUUAAAAUUAUAGUCCUCUUGGAUCUCUUUAUAAGUUGCAUUUUUUAACCUCUUUUUGAUAGCUGGAAUAUUGAAGCUUUACGGUUUGCUAUGGUAGACUGGUUUUGACCAGAGAUUCUGGAUUGAAUUUGCUUUCUUCUAGAUGUGCUAUGACUUUAUGUUCGUAUGUUUUGUGUAAUUUGCUGAGAAUAUGAUCUGUUCUUUAAUGGUAUAUUUGAGUAUGAUCUUUGCUUAGUAAAA